UCUUGGUUCCUGCGCCGAAGAUUCACCAGGAGCCAGCAGAGGAGAGGAAGCCGUCAAGAGAGGGGGGAAAUCCGCGUAGCGAAGACCCAAUGGCAUCCUUCCAACGGGGCGGUGCCGGCCCGUCCUCAAAGUGCACCAGGGCCUAUGCUCGAUGCACGCGCUAUUCUCCGUUCACCUUUACGCUGGCGGUGCGGUGGAGAGCUACGCGCUCGCCGGAUCAAUCAGCCGCCCCCCCCUUUCAUCACCUGACCACGCUCCCUGCAAGGGGGAAGGGGUGGGAGCCUGGUCACGUGGCGAAAGGCAGACCUAUGACUGGUCCGACGAGCAUGUAGCUUGCACCGCAAUGUGCGCUAAGGGGCGAACUGAGUACAGAAAAGACCGCAGCAUCGUUCGUACGUGUGUGCUCCUCGCGCCUCCGAGGCGGCAAGGAACACCGGCGGGCCCGACCACCCACGGCCUGCAAAUUAGCCUUUCCUCCUCCCACACCGCUUUACGUCCCUCAGGUUUGCUUGGGGAGUGAGAAAGAAAAAAGUGGAGAGAGAACCGUUACCCCCCCCCCCCCCCCCCCCUUCUCGUUUACGACACCUUUGCUGGUCGCCUCGUUUAGUUUGGCUGGUGGCAAAAGGUGCAAGUGCCACGUCUUUUCGCCUACCAGGUCAGGAUAUCUCCUGGUGUCCAUGGUUUUGGCCGCGUGUCUGAGGAUACUGUUCAUCCAGACACGUCAGAGAACGCACCCUGUCGAGAGGAAGGUCCGGCGGGAUUAUAUCCUCAGCAUCGCGUGGUCCUGUUGGGGCAUGUGUUGUCUCCAGCAUGUCGUCCGGAGACAUUCGACUUCUCAAAGUGCGUCCUCCUUAGUGUCCUCUUGAAGUUCUUUGAGAUAGAUUUCCGGAUGUGGUACUAACUGUAACACGCGCCGUUUUUCAAUAUUUUAGCGUACUUUAUUGUAACUUGAGGGCAAGUUAUUUCGUUUAUAUCAUCCCGACUUUUUUUUUUCAAUUUGUGUGUUGGAGUGGGCACAUAGAUGAUCAAUCUGGAGAAUUGUACGACACACGUCUAGGAAAAUCACCAGGACACGUUUGACCCGGAAGACUGCAAGUCCAUCAGGGUACGAGAAGUAAAGAAAGUAUAGUGACUUCAAGAACUUCGUGUGACCGCCCGUGAAGUGCAGUUUUCAGUAACCUUAACGCCUUGAGGUACACCGAUCUCAAGCCCGUGGUGCAGGAACUCAUAAAAACGGUCCAACCCGUGCCCCGGACUUCCCGGAGACGACGAUGGCGCCUCAGCACCGAUCGACGCAACGUUGAAGGCGCCAGCGAGGCUGAGAGGUUGCUCUCAGCUUGACACUCAUGGGUCGCUGUAUGUGGAGGGCCCUAGCCGCCUUCUUCGCAUUUCUGCUGGUUCGACAAGCCCGUGGCAUCGAGUGGCUAGCCCUGUCGUCGUGUCGACUGUCCUGGAACGUGAGCCUGGACUGCCAGCACGCCCGGCAGCUGCACGGACUACACGCGCGACAAGUGCGCUUGUGCCGGGCCCGUCUGGGCGCCAUGCCUCACGUGGUCGAGGCGUCGCAGCUGGCCGUCGACGCCUGCCAAGAGACCUUCCGGGACCGCCGAUGGAACUGCUCCUCCGUGCUCCGGGCACCGGACCUCAUGGCAGACCUCACCGCGGGCACCCGCGAGCAGGCGUUCGUGUACGCGCUGUCCUCAGCCAGCCUGACGCAGACCUGGGCCAGGGCGUGCGGCCAGGGCCGGCUAACAGGCUGCGGCUGCGGCCGGGCGCCCCGAGAGCCUCCGCAGGGGGAUUUCAAGUGGGGCGGCUGCGCGGACAACGUUCGUUUCGGGGCCCGCCUUGCGAGGGCCUUCACGGACGCCCCUUGGAAGAGGGCCCCACCGGACACGGCCUUCAGGGCGCUCCUCAACCGCCACAACUACAAGGCCGGCAGGCAGGCCGUGCACGAGAGCCUGACGACGCUUUGCAAGUGCCACGGCGUGUCGGGCGCGUGCAACAUCAAGACCUGCUGGCGCGGCCUGUCCUCUCUGCGUCACGUGAGCCAGCGCCUGCGGCGGCGCUACCAGGUGGCCGUGGAGGUGGCGCGCCACGCGCCCGCGGGCGUCGGCGGGAGCCCGCACAAGAUCGUGCCGGUCAGCGAACACGUGGGCAGGCUCCAGAAGGCCGACCUGGUCUACCGGACAAAGUCGCCCGACUACUGCUCCUGGGACACCCGAGUCGGGUCCCUGGGCACCGAGGGACGGACGUGCAACAGCACGGAAUCCGGAACUCUGGGCUGCGACUCCAUGUGCUGCGGCCGCGGCUACAUCACGCUCCGCAAGCAGGUCUCCGAGCGCUGCCACUGCCGAUACCACUGGUGCUGUUUCGUCGAGUGCAAGACCUGCAGCGACUGGACACUUGUGGACGUGUGCAAGUGAAGAGGGCCCAGGCGAGGAAGCCUCGUGGACACAGUCGCCAUUACGGGGCCGUGUAGAACACAACAACAGCACAAACGGCAAAGGAGACAGGAUCCGCGCUGUGAUCGCGGGGAUAACAAGCUGCUCGUCACGUCACUGGAGAGUUGCAAUCGGACUGUGUGGUCCUACCAACAGGGUCAAUGGCUUGUCGCUGGAUAUUCACCUUUCCAGCGCUUAUCACCCAGGCAAAACAUGCCGAGUCACAUGCAUGGCACCUGAUAUUCUCCAGAAGAGGGCUACAGUGCAUGCCCAGAACAAGUUCCACAGCCUAGUUGACAAUGAUGGCAGUGCAUGGAAGGCAGUUAUCAAAAUGUUCUAUAGCCACCAACAGUCAUGCGGAGUGCAUAGACUGCAUCACAUUGUUUGCCAGUUCAAGCCGUGUGUCGUGUGAAAAUUGGGCAAAGUUCUAGGAGAGUGAUGUGUGUGAAGCUGUGGAAGAGGGUUAAUAAUAAGAUCGCCUGGAGGUGUUCUGAAGACCAACAUUGUAAAGUCAGUUGUAAGUAGGGUUCUGUGUAAUCAGAUAAAUCUGAUUAAAAAAAAAAAAAAAAACAGUCGCCGG